CAGGCUCUGGGGCGGCGGCGGGUGCGGGUGUGGGUGUUUCCCUCCCGCCCUGUGCGUCGCCGAGCUCUUGACCCCUGUCAGCCACUGAGGCUGGGUCCGGGAGGGUGAUGCCUGUUUCUCCGGAGCCCCCCGGCAAGGAUCAUGUACCAUGGGUGAACCUAUAUCCGAAUCUGAGUUUGCAGCCUUGGCUUUUUAUGCUGGUGAUAAAUCUUGCUGUGAAUUGGGUCAUGGAAUGUUUAUACAGCGAUCACCGCAUAAGCCUAAAACAGAUGUUGAUCCCUGUGAAGUGUGGUGCAGUCAGCCCGUUGACAUAUUAAGAGAAUAUUGUAACGUUAUUAAAAUACGCAUCUUUUGGCCUCUUCUCUUCAAAAGAGAAAGUAAUUCUUUGGUAGCUGAUUGGAGCAGUUCACAGAUUUUAGACCGGAAUUGGAAGAGGCUCUGUGAUUUAGAGGUUUUGGAAGACCUUAUUGAUUUAAUUAAAAAAGUUGUUAACGUUCCACCUUUUAUUGGUGGCAUACUGAGAAUUGGCAGCAGAAUCGAAAAUGGUUUCUUUGAUGUUGGAGAUGCACUUGAUUGGGUCAGAUAUACAGGUGAUGUCAGUAUUCUGCAGAGGCUGGAGAAACUUGGUGAUUUUGGUUGGAUCUAUCUCGAAAUUUUCUUUGCUGAAUGCAAACGUUAUAUUACUAAAGUUGCUUUGGAAGAUUGUAAUUUAGUUGAAGAAUUUAAAGCUGUGACCUGUGAAAACUGUAGGAAGAACAGUGAAUCUAUGAAACAGAAAGGAAAUGAGGAAUUUUCCCAACGAAACUUUGAUCGUGCUAUAAUGUCAUAUACUAAAGCCAUAGAGUUUUGUCCUGCAAACCAUCUUCUGUAUGGAAACCGAGCUCUUUGUUUAAUUCACACAAGGCAGUACAAGAGAGCCCUUGCUGAUGGAAAAAGAGCCACGAUUUUGAAGCCUAAUUGGCCAAAGGGUCACUACCACUUCUGUAAGGCACUGUCGUUACUGGGGGAACAUGAACUGGCUUUGGAAGCUAAUGAGAGAGCUCAGGAACUAUGCAAGAAUAUUCUUGAUGGACUUAAGGAUCUUAUUCAACAAAAUGACAAGUUAAAGAAGACAUUAGAAGAAAUCAAUGGUAUUAAACAACAUAAACAGAAACCAAAGGCGGUGCUUCUUGAGAAAAAAGAAUGCAGUUCUUCAGAAUCUCAUUUAAUAAUCUCUCAAGAACAAAAAGAAAUAGAAAAAGACAGAAAGAGAGCACAGUCUGAUCCCAAAGAUCAUCAUUGUCAUCAAAAACAUGAUACCAAGGUGACUGACAUCCAAAGAACAGAAAGCAAAGGUUGGUCUCUGGAGUUUCCACUAAGCCAAAGUCAUCAAAACAAAGGAAGGCCAAAAGCCAAACCUGGUGAUUCUGAAAAAACGAGAGAUCACCUUGAUUUGAAGAUAGAGUCUAAAGCCAUCCAGGAUAAACUCUUCUAUACUGCACAACAGGUGGAUUUAACUAUGUUGCCGGAAGAGGUUAAAUCCCUUGUUCAUGAAGGUUAUACAGCCUUGAUGGACCAGCGGUGUCACAGUGCUGAACAAGCCUUUUCACAAUUGUUGAGCAUUCUAAAUCCUUCAGAAUUAAAGCAACUGAAUCUUCGUAUUAUUAACUAUGUUGUAAUCAUCUAUGGACACGCCACUGCUCUCCUUGGAAUAGGACAACCUGAGGCAUUGACAAAGGCUGAAGACCAGUUUAAGAAAAUAAUUGAACAGUACCAGGAAGAAAGAUUUGGUUGUUUGGCAUAUUAUGGCAUUGGAAAAGUAUACCUCAGACAAAACAGAUUUUCAGAUGCGCUUGAUCAGUUCAUGAAAUCGCAAACAAUGGUUAAUCACAAGAUUGUACCUGGAGUAUUAACUUGGCCCACAACAUCUCGGGUCAUUGAAGAGACACGCACAGAGAAUUUACAGUUGAUUUUAAAGAAUUGUAUUGAGGAAUGCAAGUUCCCUCCAGAACCAGAUGCAAUUUGUCGAUAUCAGCAAUGCCAUGGCCACUCCAAAAUCCAAAUAUUUUUUACAGACCCAGAUUUUAAGGGUUUUAUACGUAUUACUUGCUGUCAGCAAUGUAGAGUGGAAUUUCAUAUCAGCUGUUGGAAAAAGUUGAAAACAACAAACUACAGUGAUAAAAAUGAUAAGGAUUUUCUUCAAGAAAUAUGUUUCACUCCUGAUUGUACAGGCCUUAUUUCAAAAAUAGUUAUUUUCAGUUCUUCUGGUCUGGUAAAAUGUGAAUUUGAACAAAAAAUCACAAAACCCAAGGAACCACCAAGAGCCAGUAUUAAACAGAAAUGUACAAGUCUUAGGAAGUUAAAAAUGAAACAAGAAAAAAAAUUACGAAGAAAACGUGCACGAGAAGAGGCACGGAAUUCUGCUAAAAAGAAAAUAGAAGAAAACCAGAUGGGAGAUGAACCAUCUCAAUACAGUGAUCACAGUGGUUAUGUUCAGGACUUAUAUGCUGGUGAUCGAGUCCUUCAGCAUAUCAGUCGAAAUGCUGAGCAAAUAAAAACAGCUGUUCAUGAUACUUCCAAACUAUUAAAGGAAUUACUUUCAUGGUUUGUAAUCAGUGAGGAGGAUUACACAUCAUAUUCCAAAACUAGUAGCAUGCCGCAUGAAGUGAUGGAGCAGCUCAUCAGCUACUUAAUUCAGGAAAAAAACAGAGUAAAAACACGGGGUUUUAUCCAUGUGCUGAGUGAGCUGGAAGAAGUGGAUCCCAAAUUACACAAAUGGCUGAAACACCUUAACAACUUGGGUCUGACAGCUACGGAGAACUUUCUCCUUCAAUAUGGACAACUUUUAAAAGAGCUUGACCUUUCUGUUUUAACCACACUCUGGAAUGAGAAGUAUGGUAGUAAAUUUGACUAUGUGACAACUAGUUUUGAAGACAAAGAAAUUCAUGAUUAUUUCUUAAAACCACCCCUAGAGAAAACUCGUUGUUUUAUAUGGCUGUUAGAGGACAACAGAGAAAAUUUUCCAUUUCUUCAUCAAGCUUUAGAUGAAUUCUUUGAUAAAAUGGAUGACCCUACCAUUAUAUUAAAGAAGCAGGGAAAUGAAAAUAUAUCGACUAAUGGUAUCAAAGUUAAAAACAAAAACAGGAAGAAGAACUCAAAAGACUCAAGGUCUAUUUUAGUAUUAUCCAGUGGAGUUAGUACAGCACCACGAGAAGAAGAAAAGAUAUUUAUAGAAGAAAAUACUUUUGAUUUCACAAAUUCUUAUGAACCAUUUGUAAUCCCAGAAUAUCUUCGGGGGCAACUAGAGGAAUUUGAAGCUCUCUGUGACGUUUCAAAUAGUAACAGUUAUCAAAGAUUUUUGGAUAACAACCCCAAUCAAACUUGUGAAAGCUUAUACGAAUACUUCUCUCAAAUCUUGGAGGAACAUGGCCCUAUGGAAAUUAAUAAUAAAUUACUAGUUGGGGAAUACGAACAUUUCCCUGAAGAAGCUCGAAAGAUUGUAGAAGAUGAAGGUGGUCUGAAAUCUUUUCUUCUGAAAUCCCUUCGUUUCAUUAUGGUGGAUAAUCUUAUUGGCCUAAGAAAGCAUGCAGUUCUUAUUAAAGAAAAUACAAACAGCCAUGAGACUGGAGAUAAUGAAGAAAAUUAUGUAGUCUGUGAUGCGCAAGAAAAUUCUUCCCAGAAAAAGCUACAGUUAAAUCCAGCUGCUAAGGAAUUCAGACCGCUCUCUUAUCCUAAGCAACCCCAUAUAUCAACAUCUACUGACUUGACAGUAGCAAAGUAUAAGCCUCCACAACAUUUGCCAUGGUCUUUUCCUACUUCAUGUAAAUCGGUGCGUUCUUUGCAUAGUCAGAAUACCGAUACCAUAGAAAAUGAGUCGUCGUUUUCAGACAUUUUACUAAAGUGCUUUGAUUCUAAAAAUCCUGGUAUAUUUUUGUCUCAGACUUCCUGGGGUUAUCAGUAUGAAAGACUAUUGCCAGUGCCUUCUCAAAUGCCUUUCAUUUCAAAUGUUGCCAAGCAACCUUGUUGUAUUUAUGCUGAUCAUGUAACUCAUCAGGAUAAUGAUGAAUCGACGAUUUCAGACAGAAAAUAUGUCUUCGGCAGUCUUAUACCAACUGAAGUACAAACAUAUGAAGACUCUUGGUGCCAACUGGAGAACUCAGAUGACACAUUUUCUGAAGACAAUUUUGCUGUUGUUAAUAGUACAAAUGAAGCUGAAUGUGGUAUACAGGUUAUUAAGAUGAAAAAAGAAGGCAGAGGCAUACCUCUGAAAAACAAUCCUCAUACAAGGAUGAUAGCUGUUCAGGGAGAUAUUCUACGCCUGGAAAAAGAGCAUCAGGUAUUAAAAGAACAAGUUAAAGAAGCACAGGAAAAAUAUGAUCAGUUACAAAGCCGAAGCUCGGAGGAAAUCAGUGCCUUAGAAGAGCUCCUGAAAAAAAGCAUUGAAGAGACUGAGGUAUCAAAGAAUGAACUGGAUUGGCUUCAACAAGACUUAGAAAUAAAAAUGAAAAAAUGGCAACAGGAGAAAAAAGAAAAUCAAAAGAACUUAAAAGCACUAAGGAACACAGUUAAAAAGCAUACAGAUACCAAUGAUAGGUAUUUGAAGACCAUUGAUGAGAAGGAAAAGCAGUAUAAUGUAUCUUUAAAUACGUAUCUCGAGACCAGUAAUAAACUUGCUAAUGAGAAAGUAAAAUUGGAAGAGCUUAUAAAAAAGAGCCAAGAUGACUGCCAAGAGUGUGUGAAAAGAGCUGUUAAAGCAGAGAUAUCAGUACUCAAAAACUGGAAGGAAACUGAAGUAUGCAGACUAAAUGGUAUAACUGCCAAUGCAGAAGUAAAUCUCAGGGUGCUGAAGUCAUUCAGCAGCAGCUCACCUUCAGCAGCACCCACGUUGAAGUCACAGAUUGAUUCUUGGGAAAUAUUUAUUUCAAAUGUAAAGAAACAACUGGAAAAAGUAGAGGCUAAGUAUGAAGAAAAAAUUCAGAUGGUGAAAAAUGGUGUACGGAACUGCCUCACUAAAAUGGAAACUGUGGAGCUUUCUUCUCCUCCCAGCGUCUUAACAAAACAAGGCAGACCUCCAGUCAGUGACCCAGCCAUUGUCACAUAUUCCUCUGCAUCUGCACAUCCUAAUUUACUUCCUGCAUUUUCAAGUUCUGAAGAUCCAGGUCCAACACGCGCUUCACUUAAUACACAGGCCGGAGUUAAGCCAACACAUGCAAAUUCUACGGCUUGUUCUGCAAGUGGUGGAUCAGUGAAAACACACUCCAAACCUCUGGAAGGAUCAUAUUCUGAUAAAGUUUCAGCAACUUGCCCGUCGGAGAUUUCUGGAAGUAAUAUUCAGAGUGUCCAGCCAAACCAGAACCACCAAGAUGACUUGGCUGUACAACUGAGGCCUUCUGGACUUCCAAACAACAAAAUGCUUCCAAAAGCAUUUGAAAAUGUUAUUGCGCAUUUAUGGAGUAUAUUCCCAAACUAUAGCAGUUCAGAGUUUACUAGCUUCAUAAAAGACGUACAAAGAAGAAAUGGGAAUACACUGUCAGGUUUGAGCUUAGACGAAAUUCUAAGCAGAGUGACAGAACUCAUUCUGGACCAGCAAAAUAAGGCACCAACUUCAACAGGGAGACCUCUGAAGUCAGUAUCCCCUGCUUCACCAGCGCAGACUAGAACUCGGGGUUGGGAAGUAGCUGCAGAAGAAAAUGUGCCCAGCGCACCCAAGGCAGGACCUGUGCAGAAAAAUGCCUCAAGUAAAAAUCCAUCUUGGCCGAAUCCCCAGCCGUGGGAAAAUGUUGGAGCAACACCUAAAUCAAAAUGGAAAAAACUAGACUACACAGCCUCCAGUGAUGAGCUGUGCACAAUAUGUCAUGAUGAGCUAAGCAAAGACUUGUGUGAACUAGAAUGCGGGCAUUGUUUUCACAGAGAGUGCAUUAGAACAUGGCUUAAGCAACAUUCAAGUACCUGCCCCAUCUGCCGCAUUCAUGUUUUGUUAUCCGAGGACUUUCCUAAGCUUCCUGCGCGGAACAAAUAUGCCUAAACCUUGUUUUAUUUGAACACAUUGUAAGAAGAUGCAAAGUGGCUGCAGAAUAAGGACUGUGAGAAGGAAGAAACAUGAUGCCUAGAAAGAGGCAGAAACCCUGGUUUUAUUGAAAAUGGUACAAGAACUCAGACUGACUCAGUAUCUAACACUUGGCAUUAGGCCGCAAGAGCCUGGUACUGCCACGGCACCUGCAGAAUCAAGUUGGCAUACUCCAAGACCCAGCACUUUCCCUGGCUGCUGCCUUAAUGUGUGAAGCUGAUGCAGCUCAGAGGCCAGCAGCACACCAAACUAGUAUGGUUUUUGGCCAAGGGAUAUUUAUCUACUUUUCUCAAAGGAUGGUGCAUAAUUCCUGUAAAGAGAGGGUUUCCUUCAGAGUUUACACCACACUGAAAAUAAAUUCUAGUAUCAAGCAAGUAGGUGAUCUGAAUGAUGGACUAGCAGAAUUUGGAACAGCCAAGACAUUACCUUCCUCUGGCAUUAACAAUUACAAUUUAACUGCAGGACUCAUCAGGCUUGUUAUAGUCAUUAUGAAUGCUGUUCAUAUAACUGCAGCUCCCUUCUCUGCAUAAAUCCACAGCUAAUAAUUCAAAUAGUUUAAAUAAUUACUUUUAGUAAUAUUUUGAAGCAAGAACUUUCAAGUAUUCAUGUGCUUCUUUCUGUUUGUAUAUCAAGUUGGAAUACUAUGGCUCAAUUCUUUAAUCUUGAAACAUGGUUUGUAUUUCCCUCAUCAUCGAAGAGCUGAUUUGUUAAAAUAAGAAUUACAGGAUUUUUAUUUUUGAGGAAUCAAUACACUGCAUCUAUAUUCUGUGCAUGAAUGCUCAUUAACAGUGAGUGUUAGUGAGGUACAGAACACACCCAGCUGAAAGACUGGUUAUCCUGCUGCUUUAAGAGCCUGAGCUUGGCAGAGUACCUUCGGCACUGUAAAACUUAUCUCAGAGCCAGAAGACCAGGACUAGAGUGUGUACAGCUUAACCACUCCGAAAGUAGAGUGUGGCUGUUUGGAUACAAGCAGUAUUAAAUUGAUCAUAAGACAUUAAGUUAGCCAAUUCUAGGGAUCAUUUGUUUCCCCAGGUAAAUGUGUAUCCUCCAGAUGAACUUUUAAACUACUCUGUGAUUAAUGAGUAUAUUAAUCUGCACUUGAUUAAAAAUAAAACUACUGCUGCAGUGAUGUGUUGUUUUGAGUUACUGCUGAGAAAUCUACUCUGUGCUAGAGAGUUAAGGCACCUUGUGCCUGAAGAAUUAGGUGCUGUGCUGCUAUUACAGCACUUGCAUUUUUUCCAGCUCCCAUUAUUCUCUUAGGGCAGGGAAUACACACAUACCAUCUUCUUAGCUUUUUACAAAAGCAUCCUAAGUCCUUGGCCCUCAGGAUGCUUUUCCAGAGCAGAGGUGUCCUUGACCUGCUAAGCAGUGGAAAAGCAGUUCCCUCUGUACUGUACUGGGCAGCAUUCUCCAAAGAGAACAUCACCUGCCUUGGGGUAAUAAGGGUGAGCUGGCUGUGGAAAUGGAACUGGUAUUUACCUACACUUGCUUGGUAUUGGCCAAUCUCAUUUCUCCCGUACCCACAGCACAGCCAGGAUCCCAAGUUCCUAAAUAAGCAGGAUGGGUGUUAAUCUGGGUUCUUUUCUUCUUCCCUGACUCCCACAAGCCAGAAGGGUGGUAGUGAUCCCCAGAGAGAGUUCAGUCACAGCUUUAGAAAGGAGUCCCCCAGGGCCAUGGCUGUACAGGGAGAGGGGCAGCUGAGCAGGCUGGAGCUCAGCUACUCUGGCGGUGGGGGCCCCAGGGAGGGUGAAGGCCAGGCCCUCCUCCCCAGUCACUUGUGAUGGUGGGAGGUGAUAGCGCUCUGCUGAGCAGCAGGUGGCACUGUUGAAACAUCACACAGACUAGAAAGAGUGGCUUUCCUUUUCCACAAAUGAUCCUGUACAAUUUCCUGAUCUUUGAGAAGUGUUAAGUUGUAGUA